AUGCCCAGCCAAAAGCAAACACCCCACCUCUUCACUGAAGAAUACCUUCCUCUCUUCCCUGAGUUCCAGGACCUGGAUGAUAUACUGUUCCUUGAGGUUGUGGAUGAUUUCUCUUCCGCCGCCUCCUCUUCCUCCUCUUCUCCAAUCCCCAUCUAUGAGGAGGAGCAUGCUACUGUAGAGACCGUCAGUACUAUUCAGGUUCCUCAGAGUGAGUGUGGCUCUUCCACUGCUAUGACAGCCACCUCAGAGAUGACAUUGGAUGAAGACCAUAGUAGCCAAGAAGAUGGGGCUAUCAUAAUUGACUCACAGUUUCUACCAGAUUCUGAAUAUUGGCCCACAAACCCUAUUGAUGAGAAGGUGGCUCUGUUGGUGAAUUUUCUGCUGUUCAAGUAUCAAAAUAGGGACCUGAUCACAGAAGCCGAGAUGCUGGAUAUUGUCAUCCAAGAGUACGAGGACCACUUUCCUGAGAUCUUCCUGAAAGCAUCUGAACGCAUAGAGAUGCUGUUUGGCCUUGAUGUGAAAGAAGUCGACCCUCUCGACCAUGGCUACAUCCUCGUCAUUAAACUGGGCCUCACCUAUGAUGGGAUGCUGAGUGACACAGAGGGCAUGCCCAAGACCGGCCUCCUGAUUCAUAUGUUGGGUGUGAUCUUCCUGAAUGGCAACCGAGCCACUGAGGAGGAAGUCUGGCAAACGCUGAAUACAUUGGGCGUAUAUGCUGAGCAGCAUCACCUGAUGUUUGGGGAUCCCAGGAAGCUCGUCACCGAAGACUUGGUGCAGGAAGAGUACCUGGAGUACCGGCCGCUGCCUAACAGCGAUCCUGUGUGUUAUGAAUUUGUGUGGGGUCCGAGGGCCCACGCUGAAAUCAGCAAGAUGGAACUCCUGGAGUUUAUCUGCAGAGUCCAUGAGGUUGCGCCACGUGAUUUCCCAUGUCAGUAUGAGGAGGCCAUAAAAGAUGAAGAAGACAAAGCCCAAGCCAGAGCUGCAGCCAGCCCUGCCGCUACCGCCAUGAUGAUGGAGAGUUCCAGUGCCACCUCCAGCAGCUGCUCCCACCACUACUGA